AUUAACGUUGUAGAUAUAAAUGCGACAAAUCCAUAAUCCACAAAUUUAAUAAUAUGUUAUAUAGUCUUAUAACUAUAACUCACAAUAAAAAAUUAGCAAAAUUUAUGCUGAACAUAUUUAUUGAUAAUUGUGUAUAUUUUAUUUAAUUAUGAAUUUUUAUUAUCAUUUUAUUCAUAUGAUACAUAUGUAUAUUAAUUGUGAAUUUUUUAAUUCUAUUUUAAAUACUUAUAAUAGACAAACUCUAAAAAAAAUUGACUACAAUUGUUAAUAAAUUAUAUACAUGUAUAAGUAUCACGAGUAUAAUGGCGACACCCACUAAUGGUAACGGUAAUCUUAUCGAUGAAUUUGAGGAAGCAUUUCAGCAAUGUUUGAGUAUAUUAAUAACGAAAGACGAAGGGUUAGGAAACAAUGGAAUUGGAGUGUCUGGUGGUUUGACUGUGGAUAAAGAAGAAGCACGUAGUGAAGUUGAACAAGUUACAUUGAGAUUUAUAGAUCUGGCAAGACAAAUGGAAGCUUUCUUUUUGCAAAAAAGAUUUUUAUUAUCUGCAUUAAAACCAGAAUUAGUAGUAAAAGAAGAUAUCAAUGAUCUUCGAGUAGAAUUAGCACGUAAAGAAGAUCUCAUAAAAAGACAUUAUGAUAAAAUUACAGUGUGGCAGAAUUUAUUAGCAGAUUUACAAGGUUGGGCAAAAUCUCCAGCUCAAGGUCCAGCACCUAAUGGUUUACCAAAUGGUACUCAAAGUGGACAAAACCAACAAAGUGCCAAUGGAGGUGGAAAUACAACAAUGCAACAACAACAACAAAUAUUACAACAUCAACAACAACUUCAACAGCAACAACAACAAUUGCAACAUCUUCAGCAACAUCAAAUGCAACAACAACUUCAUCAGCAACAGGUAUUUAAGUAAUACCGUUACGAGCAAAGCUGAAACUCUUCUAUUCAGGCAGCUGUUUAAAAUUAGUAUUCAAAACAUUUUUUUAAAGUAACAUAUAUAUAAUUUUAAAAAAAAUAUGGGCGACAGCGAAAAUUGUACAUUUAUAAAAAAAUUACUUUUGCUGUAGCAGUUAUAGAUAGAAGUUAAAUCUUGAAUCAUCAUUCUUUAAAAUCUCUCUC